AUGGAAUGUGUUGAUUGGUCGCUGGCCGCGGUGGCUUUGCAUAGUGCCGCUGCGCAAAAACAUCGUUUAGCGUCUUUUCGGCAUAGCAUCGCUGUGGAGAUCAACGUCGUUGUCGCCUUCUCUGUUGCUGUCUUCCGGCGGGUAGAGAUAAUGGGUACGCCGAUGCCGCCUUCUCUGUUGCUGUCUUCCGACGGUUAUUGGAUUGACAUAGAUUUUCUGAGUCUGAAUCAAUUAUUAACUAAAAUGCCAAUGGAUCCAAACGGACCAAACCCCAAGAAAUCCAAAGAUUCGCCAUCAAACUCAGCUAACACCGAGUCAACUAAGUCACCCUCCCUAUUCCCAGAUGAAGUCCUGGAAAAAGUUCUCUCAUUUCUAGACUUGGACAAGGACAGGAGUUCAGUUUCACUGGUUUGCAAGGACUGGUACAAUGCUGAGCGCUGGACAAGAACAAAACUUUUCAUAGGCAAUUGCUAUUCAGUCUCUCCAGAGAUCGUGGCAAGAAGGUUUCCAAAGAUCAAGAGUGUCACGCUCAAAGGGAAACCUAGGUUUUCUGAUUUCAAUUUGGUCCCUCAAAAUUGGGGAGCGGAUGUGCAUUAUUGGCUCGUCAUGUUUGCCAAUGUCUACCCCUUUCUGGAGGAAUUGAGGCUCAAGAGGAUGACUGUCAGCAAUGAAAGCUUGGAGCUCCUGGCCACAUCAUUUCCGGGCUUCAAGGCUUUAUCUUUGAUGAGUUGUGAUGGAUUCAGCACAGAUGGUCUCAAAGCUAUUGCCACCCAUUGCAGGAACUUGAUUGAGCUUGACAUACAGGACACUGAUACAGAUGACUUUUGUGGUGGUUGGUUGAGUUGCUUCCCUGAGAAUUUUGGUUCACUGGAAGUGCUGAACUUUGCCACCCUUGACAGUGAGGUCAAUUUUGAUGCCCUCGAGAGACUUGUUAGUCAGUGCAAAUCUUUAAGGGUUCUCAAGGUCAACAAGAGUAUUACAUUGGAACAAUUACAACGACUGCUUCUGAGGGCUCCUCAGUUGAUGGAGCUUGGUACCGGUUCCUUCCAGCAAGAGCUUUUGCCUGGUCAAUUGGGAGACCUUGGGAGUGCUUUCGGCAAUUGUAAAAAUCUUCGAACUCUUUCAGGUUUAUGGGAAGUCACUUCCAUCUAUCUCCCUGUUCUUUAUGCGGCUUGUGCCAGUCUGACUUUCUUGAACAUGAGCUAUGCGGCUCUUCGAAGUGUUGAAUUUGGAAGUCUUCUUGCUCACUGCCCCAAUUUGAGGCGCCUCUGGGUCCUUGAUACGGUUGAAGACAAGGGGCUCGAGGCUGUUGGAUCCUGCUGCCCCUUGCUUGAAGAACUCCGGGUCUUCCCUGCCGAUCCUUAUGAGCAGCAUCUUCACCGUGGGGUGACUGAGUCAGGUUUUGUGGCUGUAUCUCGUGGAUGCAGCAAACUCCACUAUGUCCUCUACUUUUGCUGGCAGAUGACUAAUGCUGCUGUUGCCACCAUUGUACAGAACUGCCCCAAUUUUACCCACUUUCGCCUUUGCAUAAUGAAUCCAGGUCGGGCAGAUUACCUCACAAAUGAACCCAUGGAUGAGGCCUUUGGUGCAGUGGUUAAAAAUUGCACUAAGCUCCAGAGGCUUUCAGUGUCAGGCCUUCUAACUGAUCUGACUUUUGAGUAUAUUGGGAAGUAUGCCAAAAAUCUCGAUACUCUUUCUGUGGCUUUUGCUGGCAGCAGUGAUCGAGGGAUGCAGUGUGUUCUCGAAGGUUGUCCAAAGCUAAGGAAGCUUGAGAUAAGAGAUUGUCCAUUUGGGAAUGCUGCUCUUCUGUCUGGACUAGAGAAAUAUGAAACUAUGCGGUCAUUAUGGAUGUCGUCCUGUAAUGUGAAAAUAAAUGCAUGUCAGCGACUUGCUAGGGAGAUGCCGAGAUUGAAUGUUGAGGUAAUGAAAGACAAGGAAAGUGAUGAUAAUGGAGCUGACAAAGUUUAUGUCUAUCGUUCAGUAGCAGGGCCAAGAAGGGAUGCACCACCUUUUGUUCUCACUCUUUGA